UCCACCUACAUCUCUACGCAUGUGUCACAUGAACUAUUCCUGCUUGCCGGUUAGUUUGAAGUUUCAGAGGAAUAACGAUCAGAAUGGAGUUAUCUGGAAAGAUAUGUAUAAUAAUAUGUGCUUUUAUGAGUGUGUCAAAUGGCCAGUAUGAGUUAAAGCUUAAUGCAGUAAAGGAAUUUAUUUUGGUUGGUGCAACACCUAAGUAUGUAUGCACUGUGAAUCAGAAUGCUAACUUUCUGAUAGGAAAUCCAUUGAAGUGGGAGAAAAGAGGACGAGAUGGUUCUAAAGUUGUCAUAUCAGUUCUAGCCAAUGUAGAGGAAGGACUUUCAUCAGAAUAUAAUGUACAGCUAGAUACUACAGAUAGUGCCAUGUCUUUUACAUUAAGCUUCCUUCAAGGAAUCAAAGAAGAAUAUGAUGGGCACUUUGCAUGUGUUUUAUAUAACAAGAGUAAUACAGUCUUAGCAGAGAAGAUGGUAGAAGUUAAUGUCAUACAAACGAUUAAGAAAACAGAAUUUGAAAUAGGAGACAAUAAACAGGCCGUAGCUGGUGAACCAGCCUUGCCAAUCAGAUUAGAGGAAGGAACUUACAAGACUAUCUGUAAAACAGAAGGUUCUAACCCAGCAGCAGUUGUAAAGAUUUACCUUGAUACUACAGAGGAGAUGGGAAAUGCUCAGGUAGAGGUGCUUGACACCAGCAGGACCCAACCACCUCAAGUGUAUAAUGUAGAGAAAACAGUUACCAUCAAUCUCAAACCAGAUGAUAACAAAAAAAUACUGAAAUGUGUUGCCACAGUUAACAAUGAUGAUUCUAUGAAAACAGAAAUAUCAUAUGAGCUUGAAGUUUUUAGUAUUCCACCUGAAAUAUCAUGUAGCAACAGCACUGCUAUGAAAGGUAACAAGUUUGUAGAGCUGACUUGUAUGAUCAAAGUAGCAGGAAUAACUUGUGAAAGUGAAAACAUCUUCUGGGAGAAUGGUAAUAAUGGAGACCGAUAUGCUAUCAAUUAUAAACAGAAAGGCCUCAGAGUAUUUUGUUUGAUGCAAGUAAAGGGUUCAGUUUCAACCACUUUAAGGAUUGAUGCAGUUACAGAUGAUAACUUUAAAACAGAUUAUUUUGUGGUCUAUGUUAACAAACAUCAGACUACAACACGCAAACAAGCAGUUUUAAAUCAAGAUUACAGUGGAGCACCUAGUCUACAGAAUAUCUUCUACUUGAUGUGUUCAGCUCUCCUGGCAGCCAUAUUAUUGUAGGACAUAUAUCUAUUAGGAAAUGUUUACUUGUUUAUGAGUUAUCUGCAGGAACACAUGAAUCAGAGAUUAGGGUGGAAUAAAAGUUUUAAGUCUUGACAGUAAAGGGGCAAUUAUUAGGGAACUGAGAGCUAAUGUAUUUUCUAUUGCUUAAUUAUAUAAUCUCUGAAAAAAAAACACAGCUAUUCUAAAAUAAAAGUUCAUAAACAAGUAAACCCAUAAAUGAAUUAAAGAAGAAAGAGAUCUGAUGUGACUAUUCAGCCAAGUUUGCCUGUUGAUUUCAUGGUUGUGAAAGAGGAGUGCUAGAAGAACAAAUUAGGGCAAUGUUGAUAAAGAAAGAUGGACUAAAACAGUAAUGUUCUGUUGGUCAAUAUGAACACUAGGGUAGUCUGACACAUAAUUUGGUAGACAACAAGUCUGUAUAGAUUAAAUUGACUCCUGGCAGGUAUAGCCAACUGUUGUAUUGACUUUUUAUCCUAAGUCUUUGAAAACUUAGUCUUAUACAUUGAGUGCUACAAUUGAUUGACUAAAUAUUUCUUUGUUAUAAUAUAUAUGUGUACAUUUUGUCAGUUUGCAUAUACAUUGUAUUUGCAUUGAAAUAUUUGGAUUUAUUCUUUUGGUUAUGAAUAAAAGCUUUGAAUUUGUGUAUAAGAAUGUAUUAUAUAACAACAGGUAUCCAAAGAAAAUACAUUACUAUAAUGAGAAUUCCCACAUUAAUGAAUUGUGCCAAUAUGAGAUCAUUUUCCAUCAUAAUCCGUGCAAUUAAACAUUUUAUGAUUCAUUUAGGAUGUUAUAAUUUUAAACAUAGAGAUUACCAUUUACGUUGAGAAUUAGAUUAAACAACCGGUUUCUAUAAUUUUAGCUUGUUUUUAUUGGUGUAUAAUGUUUCAAUAUAUAUAUAUAUAUAUAUAUAAUGUCUGUAUGCAAUAUUUUUAUCUAGUUAAUACUUUCACUGUUACAGUAAAUUAGAUUUGGCAGCAAAAAAUAGAAGUUAAAUAAUCUGAUUUCAAAAUACAUGUAGUACCAAUAUCGUUAAUCUUUUUUACUAAUUUGAAAAUUAACUAGACCAUUUGAGAUUUAAAGCAUACAAUUUUUAAAUGUAAAAAAAAAAUCUUUGUUAGGCAAAUAACAAACUGUCAAUGUUAAUAAUGAUAAGAACACAAUUUAAGCAGUUCCCUCUAUUCUAAGUAAUUUCGUGCAAGUAAAUUUUCUGACCUCUCAUUUUAACAACUUGUUUUAUAUAGCCUCAUUAGUCAUACAUUCCUAUCAUUUUCAUUAUAAAUUUUAUUCAUUUUGUUUUAUAUUAGGGAGGCUUUUUUAUACUGCAAGUUAUGAUAUAUUGCUUUAUUUCACAUCAUACAUGCAUCCUGCUGGUGUAGUUGAAGAUUGAUUGGUGUAUUAAGAAAAUAAGUUAGCUAUCUUUUGGCUAUAAUUGGUUUAAAAGCUAUUGGCAGAUAUCUUUAAUAGUGCAGUUUUAAAUGCAUUUUAUAGAAAAUGUAAAAGAAGGUUAUUGAUAAUGAUGCAGUAAAUUUAAAUUGCCACCAGUUUUUACAGUGAGCAGUUGAUCAAAGAUACUGUUGGUAAGCUGAAAGUAGUCCAUAAUAUUAUAAAUGUUGAUGCAUAUCAGUUUUAAAUGGUUGGCUUUAUUCUAUAUAUUUGUGUGAACUAUGAACAUCAUUGUUUCAAAUGUGAAUGUUAGAAGAUGUACAUUUUGUCAGGACAAAUGCAUAUAUUUAUGUAUAACAAGGAAUUAUUUGAAUCCGGAAUAUUUUUGAAUUCUGGAAUAUUGAUUAUAAAUGCAUGAUGAAAACUAACCCAACUAAAUAGGGUUAGCCAUGCAUGAAUGGUUAAGGUUAAUUUUACUUUCACUGUUAUUUCAGUAUGAACUAACUAACCCCCCUAAGCCAUCAAUUUUCCAGAAAUCAAAAUUAUUCCAGAUUUAAAUAAUUCCUUGUUGUAUGAUUAAUGUGAUGAUAAUGUUGAAUUAUAAAAAAAAGUAUUAUGUAAUCAGUGUGUGCCUUUUUAAAUAAUGGUGUUUAAAUUUACCUUAGCCUUUGCUGUUUUGGAGAAAAUUAAAAUUUAUAGGUUUGGCUUUGCAGAAUCUACCUGAAUAAUUUGUUUUCUUCAAAUCUGAUAAUCAAGAUUAUGGCAGACUGUUGCAUGUAUAGUUCAUUCAUAUUUCAAACUUUUCAAUGAACAUUGCUUACCUGUUAAUACAUACCAUAUAACCAUGUUCAAAAGAUCUGGAAAAUAGUAUAUAACUGUUUUACUUUAAAUAUUUUCAAUGAAUACUGAAGACUGACUUUCAAGUUUCAUACUGAUUAUUACACUGAAUAUGAAAACAUUAAUUUACACAGUGAUGCAAGGGAAUUUUAUUAAUCACAGAAAUUUACAUGCUGUGGAAGUGUUGUGAUCUCACUAAAUGAUCACAGUUUGUUGUGAAUAAUUAGGAAAGAUUAAAGAAUUCAGGUAGAUUUUGUUGGACAUAAAAUUUGAGGCUGGUGGUCUGCUUAAGUAAAUCAAAUUAGAUAUAGAUUUUUCAUUUCAAUUAGGCAACUAUUUGUAAAAAGAAAUCCCAUGUAAAUAAUCUCUGUGUACGUGUAUGUUUUAUUGUCUGUUAUUUGUGGUCAAAAUUCAGAUAAAAAUUGUUCAAAGGGAGAUAAUACAACAAAAAAUAUAUAGCCUGUAAAAAUUGUAAUUAUUUGCUGAAGAUUUAUCAAAUCUGAGAUGUUUUAUUUCGCUGAUGUUGAUAAUCAACAUUAAACUGAAAAUAAAUGUAAAAAAAACUUAUACUAUUAUUAUAAUCUUUUUUUUUUAAUCAGAAUACUUACAAAUUCCUUUGUAUCUACAAUUAAAUGUCUAUUUAUACAAAUCUUUUUUGUUAUUUGUACAGUAAUGUAAUUUGUGUAUUCACAUAGUAAUUUACUAUAUAGUGUAUUAAACUGUUGUGUAGUAUAUGAUUCGUGCCAUUUAUCCUUUCAUGUUCAGUGUACCUUUGGAUGUGGUAUAUGAAUUGCCUUAAUUUACAGAAAACAAAUCCUAUGUGAUUAUAUCAAUUUGACUAUUGUUUGGAUUACUUUGAUUAAAUUAUUGGUCUGAUAAACAUGAAUCAAUUUUAAUUCUGUCCCCUUUAAAUGACUAUAUUCGACUGUUAAAAGGUUGUCAACAUUUGUGCAUAAAUGCUAUUUGUCUUUAUAAGACAUUUGUUGAAUAAAACUGAUUAAUGUUAAUUACAUAAAGACCAAACACUCAAAAACACAAUUAGGUUUUUCAUAUGAACAAUUUUAUUUGCCUUAAAUGGCAUACAAUGGGGAAAAAAUGAGGUUUACAGAUACAAAAUAAAAACCAUUAAGAUUUGUUGUGUAAGUUGAUUCCUUAUUGUCUUUGAUUUUAACCUGAUAUUCUGUAAUUUUACUUCACUGGUUUAGUUACAUUUUCGAUAGUGAUAUUAUUUUAAUAUUUCUUUACUAAAACAAACAAACUAUACCAUUGACAAGGCUUUCAAAAGAAGGUGGCAGCUUCUUUCCACCUGCUACUUUUGGUAAGAGCCACCUUCUCAUGCCCUUUUUUACUUUGGCAAAACAGGAGAAUAGCUGCCUACCUUUAAUAUUGAAGUCCCUUACUUCUUACUGUUUUUAAAAGCCCUGCAUUAUUAAAUCAGAUAUUUUGCAAAAUAAAAGCUGAUCUUUAUUAAAUUGAGAAAAACAUUUUUAAUUAACAUUAAUCAGUGAAAAAAAAUGUUUGUAAAUUUGGAAUACCUGUUACUUCAUUCGCUAUUAGAUGGAAAUGUUUACCCUGGAGUGAUUAUUUGUUUUUUUAAAUUUUAAAUUUUAUAAGCAGCAUUACUUUCAUCAAUUGUGCUUCAAAGGUUUAAAUAGCUAUUAAUAGAGCUUCAAAAGUUGAAAUAGUUAUUAAUAGAUAUCUUUUUUAUAGAUUUUUCCUUUUUCUUUUUAUCUGGUGUUGGUAUGGUAUUGAUCUGUCAUAGAAAAGGUAUUUUAAUGAUGAACGACAGAAUUAAGAUGGGAAAAAAUCUACAAUUUGGCAAUUAAUGUAUUUUUAACCAGCAUAAUAUGUUUGAUUUAAGAAUCUUAAUUUUAAAAUGUAUUUUAGAUCUUAUAUAAAUCUUGAUUAUGCUUUGCAUUUAUUCCUUUUUAUAAAAUUUAGCAGUUCUUGAGGAAAACUAGAUAAUUGUUGAUACUUUGUAAUUAUAUUGUUUAGUUUGUUUGUACAAGUAUAGCUUGAUACAGUAAAGGGGGAGCCUAAUAUUUUGCAAGUAUUUAAACAAUUUAUUAUGUAACUGUAUUGGCUUUUUUUCAAAUUGCAAACCAUUGGUAUUUAUAUAAGCAUUAAGCUUUGCUUUGAUCAUGCAUAUGAAAACUAAACAUUUCUCUAUAAAAAGUUUGUAUUUUGGCCAAUUUACAGUCAUAUAUUUAAUUUGAUGUAUUUGAAUUGUUACUGAUUGCAAAUUUUGAUUGAAAAAGGAAUGAAACACUUUAUAAAUUAAGGUUGAUUUAAAUUUUGACUACAAUACUUGAGUGAGUUACAGGUAUAACAUUGUACUCCCUGAAUACAGCUAUAUAUUUUGAGUUUAUCUGUCAUGUAGUGAACAUGUAAGGAAGGUUGUUUUUUAUUGAGUUUUAUUCAUUCAUCCAUUACAGUUCAUUCAUUAAAAGCUUUCUUUGUACAA